GUUGAUAUGCGGCUGUACCGUCCUUGGUUGGGACUAUAUAAGCUCUAGGCUACCAACAUUCAGCAGAAAUAUUUCAAGAUGAACACACUCCUGUUCCUUACCACACUUCUCUCAGCUGUCUGCCUUUCAUGGGCGGCAAGCGAUGAGUACAAAAUGAAAGUUAUAACUGCUGUGACAUCAUGUGCAAAGGACCAUGGAGCAAACAUCAUGGACGUGAUCGAAGUCGUCAAAGCAGAUAAGCUACCAACGAACAAAGCACAAAAGUGUGUUGCCGGUUGCUUCUUCAACAAGAUGGGCUAUGUAACUGACCAUAAGGUAGACUGGGCAAAGGUAAAGGCGCUCAACCCCAAAAAGUACGAAAGCAAGGACUUGAUUGCCAAGGCUGAUAAAGUUGCUGAUGCAUGCGCUAAAGUUGUAACACAGAAAAUUACUGAUGUCUGCGAACUUGGCAUUCCUCCCAUGAAAUGUCUGAUUGAGGAAUCGAAAAAGAUCCAGUUACCAAAGCCAGAUAUCAAGUUUAAAUUUUAAGCUUCAACUUAAUAUUUUAUUUAUUAUUUGUAAAUAGUUUUAAUAAUUUAUUGCAAUAAAAAAUAUUU